GAGCAAACUCUCUAUUUCACUCCUCACUGAGCUCCCCUGACUUGAGGAGCUCAGGAUUCUUCCCAGGCACUUCCAGGUGGGACAAAAAGAAGUUUUGGAAACAUUAUUUUCUCAUUACAGCAGCAACUUAAAAUGCCUAGGAAAAUGGCCGGGAUUUUUGGAGCCUCAAAUGUACUUUGGAUGGUGUUUGCAGCCUCUCAAGCUUUUAAAAUUAAGAUCUUUCCUGAAGACAAAAUUGUUGCUCAGAUUGGAGAUUCGGUUUCACUGACUUGUAGCACCACAGGCUGUGACUCUCCGACUUUGUCCUGGCGAACUCAGAUAGACAGUCCGCUGAACGCCCAGACGAGACAUGAAAGGACUAAGUCUACACUGACCAUGGAUCCAGUUAGUUUUGAGAAUGAACACUCGUAUCUGUGCACAGCGAUUUGUGAGUCUGAAAAACUGGAAAAAGUAACUCAGGUGGAGAUCUACUCUUUCCCUAAGGACCCAGAGAUCUCUUUGAGUGGCCCUCUGGAGAUUGGGAAGCCAGUCACCGUCACAUGUUCGGUUGCUGAUGUUUACCCAUUUGACAGGCUGGAGAUGGAAUUAAUGAAGGGCAACAAACUCCUGAAGAAUCAGGAAUUUCUGGACGAUAUGAAUUCAAAGUCUCUGGAAACCAAAAGUUUGGAAGUAACCUUUACCCCUAACAAAGAGGAUAUUGGAAAAUUUCUUGUUUGCCGUGCUAAAUUACACAUUGAUGAAAUUGAUUCUGAGCUCAGAGAAAGGGAGACCACAAAAAAACUGCAAGUCUAUAUCUCACCCAAGAACACAUUCAUAGUUGUGAAGCCCCCCGGCAAGCUUCAAGAAGGUGACUCGGUAACAAUGACAUGUGUCAGCGAAGGUCUACCAGCUCCUCAGCUUUUCUGGAGCAAGAAACUAGAGAAUGGGGAUAUCCAGGUCCUUUCUGAGAACGCAACUCUCACUUUAAUUGCUAUGAGGGUAGAAGAUUCUGGAAUUUAUAUAUGUGAAGGAGUUAAUCCAGGUGGAAAACACAGAGAAGAGGUGGAAUUAAUUGUGCAUGAGAAGCCGUUUACCACUGAGAUCUCCCCUGGGCCCCAGGUUGCUGCACAGAUUGGAGACUCACUGGUGUUGACAUGUGAGGCCAGAGGCUGCAACUCCCCAUCUUUCUCCUGGAGGACUCAAAUGGACAGCCCAUUGGGUGGAAUGGUAACGAGUGAGGGUACCAAGUCCACGCUGACCCUGAGUCCUGUGGGUUUUCAGCAUGAACAUUCUUACCUGUGCACUGUGACAUGUGGACAAAAGAAACUGGAAAAGGGAAUCCAGGUGGAACUCUACUCAUUCCCUAGAGAUCCAGAAAUUGAACUGAGUGAUCUACUAGUGACUGGCAAUACAGUCACUGUAAGCUGCAAGGUUCAGGAUGUAUAUCCUUCAGAUCGGUUAGAGAUUCAACUACUGAAGGGGGAGAGAAUUAUGAAGAAUAUAAACUUUUUUGAAGACAUAGAUAAGAAAUCUCUAGAGACCAAGAGUUUGGACAUAACCUUCACUCCUUCCAUGGAAGAUACUGGAAAAGUUCUUGUGUGUCUGGCUAAGUUAGAGAUUGAUGAAAUGGAGUUUGAACCCAAACAAAGGCAAAGUAUACACACACUUUCUGUUAAUGUUCCUCCCAAGGAUAUGAACAUCUUGGUGAGACCCUCUUCCAUCCUGGAGGAAGGUAGUUCUGUGAAUAUGACAUGCUCUAGUGAUGGAUUUCCAGCUCCAAAAGUCCUGUGGAGCAGGCAGCUAAGUAAUGGAAAUCUACAGCCUCUUUCAGAGAAUACAACUGUCACCUUGAUUUCUGCAAAAAUGGAAGAUUCCGGUAUUUAUGUGUGUGAAGGGUUUUACCCAGCUGGAAUUAGCAGAAAAGAAAUAGAAUUAAUUGUCCAAGUUGCUCCAAAAGACAUACAACUUACAGCUUUUCCAUCUGAAAGUGUCAAGGAAGGAGACACAGUAAUUAUCUCCUGUACAUGUGGAAAUAUUCCUAAAACUUGGAUCAUCUUGAAGAAAAAAGCAGAGACGGGAGACACUGUGCUAAAGUCUAAAGAUGGUGCAUAUACUAUCCACAAAGCCCAGUUAGGAGAUGCAGGAGUGUACGAAUGUGAAUCUAAAAAUGAGGUUGGCUUGCAGUUAAGGAGUCUAACACUUGAUGUUAAAGGGAAAGAAAUUAAGGAGUACUUUUCUCCUGAGCUUCUUGUGCUCUAUUGUGCAUCCUCUUUAAUAAUACCUGCCAUUGGAAUGAUCAUUUAUCUUGCAAGAAAAGCCAACAUGAAAGGGUCCUAUAGUCUUGUAGAAGCACAGAAAUCAAAAGUAUAGUUAAUAUUUGAAAUGUUCAACCAGAGACACUACUAUCAGUUCAAAUACAUACUAUCACUCAUCAUUCCAUGAGGACAACAGUCUGAGAGCCCUGACUUGAAAGAAUACAGAGAACUAUUGAAAAGAAAUUGCUGCCUACGCUCCUUGCGGUGAGCAAGAAAUCAAAAAAAGAACUUUCUGCCUAAACAGUAGAGACAACCAUUGAUAUGUAAUGACUGGAGUAGUUUCUUCACAUGUACAUACAAUAACAUGAUCUGUAUAUAUGUAAAAUAAAAUUAUGUCAUAGCAAUAUUACUUUGAACAGCAGCACUCUAUAUUCAUAUCUAAAGUAGUGUUGCCUGAACAGAUUAUUAUAACUUAAUGAAUAUUAUGAAAAUUUAACAUUAAUAUUGACUGGCAGUUGACCUAGGUCAUCUUUUUAAUAUCUUACUUAACAAAAUGUUAUUCCUAUGAAGUUAUUGAAAAAAUCUUGUGUUUUCUAAAAGUGCCACAAUUUGAUAUUUUAAUAGGAAAAUUAUAAACCAAGAAAGCACUGGAUUGAUUUUCAGGUACGAAACACUUCAACCUUUGGAAUAAUGGUUGACUGGAUUUAUCCAAAUGGUACUGACAUGGUACAGAGAUAUUUUAUGAUGUUUAUUCAUUAGCUUUGGGUAACUUUCUGAAUGUGGUUUAAAAAUGCAGCUUCCUUUGAUCUUCUCUUAUAAAUGUUUAGCUUUUUUAUUUAGUAAAAUGAUAAUUUCUGAAA